AGGCGCGGUGAUUCAUUCCCUCCUUUGCCCGGGGGCCCCCUUCCCGGCCAGACGGCGGGACAAACGGUUGGGUGUGCAGCGACCUCGAACUCGUGAGCCAGAAAACAGAGCUUCUGCGUCCCAGCGACUCCAGCACACACCAUGGCGGACUCUGAGCGCCUCUCAGCCCCUGGCUGCUGGUUAGCCUGUACCAGCUUCUCUCGCACCAAAAAGGGAAUUUUCCUGUUUGCUGAGAUUGUACUGUGCCUGGUGAUUUUAAUUUGCUUCAGUGCUUCGACGUCAGCAUACUCGUCCCUGUCUGUGAUUGAGAUGAUCAUUGCUGCUGUCCUAUUUGUCUUCUACAUGUGUGACCUGCACUCCAAGAUAUCAUUCAUCAACUGGCCGUGGACUGACUUCUUCCGGGCCCUCAUUGCAGCCAUCCUCUACCUGAUCACCUCCAUUGUUGUCCUUGUGGAAGGAAAAGGCAGCUCCAAAAUUGCCGCUGGGGUACUGGGCAUAUUUGCUACAUUGCUCUUUGGCUGUGAUGCCUACUUUACCUUCCCUCUGAAGCAGCAAAGACAUACAGCAGCCCCUACUGACCCCACAGACGGCCCGUGAUCCUCAGUCACCUGUCUCUGCUACCUGCAAAUAGCUCCUCCAUCCAAAACUUCCUCUUGCCAGAUGUGGUGGUCCGUGCCUUUAAUCCCAGCACUCAGGAGGCAGAGACACGUGGAUCUCUGUGAGUUCGAGGCCAGCCAGAGCUACACAGUGAGACCUUGUUUCAAAAAAAAAAAAAAAUACCUCCUCCUGUUUCCACAACACUCCCAGCCAAUUCUCUGACCCCACUGAAAGUGCUUAUGGUACGGGAGAUUGAACCCAGAGCCAUCUGCAUACUAGGCAAGCUCUCUCCGCUGAGCUCCGUCCCCUGUAAAAGUGCCUUUGAUGGGAAAGUUUUGUCCUCCUCGGUGUGUGUGCCUAGGUCCCAUGUCCGUGUCGGUCCCCCCCCCCCCAUUGCUCUGCAGUACCAGCAGCUGACAUGAGUUCUGCUUGAACCAUUCCCCCACAUAAGCUACAAGAUGAGUGACCCACUACAAAUUACCUUUUCUCUCUGUGGGGUGAGCUGUGAAGGGCUAAAUAAAUAAUAAACAGAUUGUUAAAAUCUAUAA